ACGGAGAGAGGGGGGUUGGGAAGAGCCGGGUUAUUUUUACCCGUUGCCACUUACGUUCGCACGGCCGGAGUUCUCACGCCGGCUGGACAGCAGCAAAUGGGGACACCUCUGUGGGGCAAGAGAGGACUUCCUUGGUGAUUUGCAGGUCCAGGAAUGGGGAGAAGCCAUACACUCUCUCUGCGAAAUCCCACUUGCCUCAUGUCCCAACUUGAAGAGGGAAAUGAAGCCGCACCAGACAAGACCAGGGGAGCCUCACCUUGGAUGUUGAAAACCUUGAUGUUGCCAAUGCCACUGCUGCUCUACUUGCUUCUCUGGGUCCAGGUAGCUGAUGCUCAAGGUCCCGAAGAGCCUGACCUGUUGUAUCAUGGCUGUUUAGAGGGGAGCUGCUACCCGGCCACCGGAAAUCUUCUCAUCGGGAGGGCUCAGAGCUUGAGCGCCACCUCAACAUGCGGCUUGGAAGGCCCUCAGGACUACUGCAUUGUCAGCCAUCUACAGGACUCUGAGAAAUGCUUCCUGUGCGACUCUCACUCGGCCUCCCUGCGCGAAAACCACCACAUUGAGAAUGUCAUCUACCUGAGUGGCCAGGAUGGGGAGCAGACCUGGUGGCAGUCGGAGAAUGGUGUUGAAGAGGUCAGCAUCCGCUUGGACUUGGAAGCCGAGUUCCAUUUUACUCACCUCAUAAUGAAGUUUAAGACCUUCCGCCCAGCUGCCAUGUUGAUUGAGCGGUCAUCCGAUUUUGGGCGCAGCUGGAAAGUGUAUCGCUACUUUGCCUUCAACUGCUCCAAACUCUUCCCUGGCAUCCCCACUCAGAUUCCAGCACACGUCAACCAGGCAGUCUGUGACCAGCGAUACUCAGAGAUUGAGCCCUCCAGCCACGGUGAGGUAAUUUUCAAAGUGCUGGACCCAGCUAUAAAAGUAGAGGAUCCCUACAGCCAGGAAAUCCAAGAUUUGUUACGUGUCACCAAUUUGCGAGUGAACUUCACAAAGCUGCAUACUCUGGGGGACAACCUCCUGGACUCGCGACUUCAGGUGCUUCAGAAAUACUACUACGCUGUGUAUGAGCUGGUGCUGCGUGGAAGCUGCUUCUGCUAUGGACAUGCCUCAGAGUGCGCUCCUUUGGCUGGAGUGACAAACCUAGUUGAAGGCAUGAUCCAUGGCCGAUGCGUCUGCAAGCACCACACAAAAGGCCUCAACUGUGAACUCUGCAAGGACUUUUACCAGGAGUUGCCUUGGAGGCCAGCUGAGGCCCACGAUUCACACGCCUGCAAAGAGUGCAACUGCAAUGAGCACUCACAUAGGUGCCACUUUGACAUGGCCGUGUACCUGGCCACGGGCAACACCAGCGGCGGGGUCUGUGAUGAGUGCCUGCACAACACCAUGGGGCGCCACUGCCAGCUCUGCAAGCCCUUCUACUAUCGCAACCCAAUGGCUGACAUCCGCGCAAGCACUGCCUGCAUCCCCUGUGACUGUGAUCCCGUGGGCUCGUUGGAUGGUGGCGUGUGCGACAGUCAUACAGAUGUGUCCUUGGGCAUGAUCGCAGGGCAGUGCCGCUGCAAAGACAAUGUCAAAGGCGUGCGUUGUGACAGCUGCAAAGAAGCCUUCUAUGGACUGAGCCAGAACGAUCCUCUGGGUUGCCAGCCCUGCAGGUGUGACCCGCGUGGGAUCAUUGCAGGAAACAGCCCUUGUGACCAUAUCAGUGGUGACUGCUAUUGCAAGCGUUUUGUCACAGGGCGAUAUUGCAACCAGUGUCUGCCAGAAUAUUGGGGCCUGAGCUAUGACAUGACUGGCUGCCGGGGCUGCGCUUGUGACUUUGGAGGGGCUUACAGCAACAGAUGCUCUAUGGAUGAUGGCCAGUGCCCCUGUCGGCCUCACUUCAUGGGGCGUCAGUGUGAUGAUGUACAACCUGGGUUCUUCUGCAUGCCAUUGGACUAUUACAUGUAUGAAGCCGAACAUGCCACAGGUCUCCCUCCAACCCAUCAGAGCCUACCGGGUGUUUUGCGUCCUGAGACCCCAGUGGACUGUGUGGAGUAUUAUAAUGGAGUCCAAAAUGGGCGGAAAGUGCGGCUGCGGCGCCAGCAUAGCACCAUAAGAGUCUUACAGCAGCGAGGAGCCCUUCGGCGAGCCCGGCAGCUUCAGCAAAAGCCUGAUGUAGAAGUCAUACAGCGUGAACAUACAGGCCACAUGAUUACGUGGACGGGACCAGGCUUUGCUCGUGUUCGUGAUGGGGCUGGUUUAUCUUUCCAUAUUAGCAACAUUCCCUACCCCAUGGACUAUGACAUCCUUCUACGCUAUGAGCCAGAGUCUACAGAAGAUUGGGAAGCUGUGGUCAGCGUCAGCUCGCAGGCUUUACCCAUGAGUCCCCGCUGUGGCAAUGUGCUACCUUCAGAGCAGAUGUACCGAGAGAGCCUGCCACACAGUUCCAGGUAUGUUCUCCUGCCACGACCUUUCUGUUUUGAGCCCAGGAACCAUUAUGAGAUCACGGUGCGGUUCCAGCGGACAGGUGUGGCACAGCGCCAUCCCGCAGCCUUCCUCCUUGUUGACUCGCUGGUCCUUUUGCCGCGUGUGACGGAGCUGCCGGGGCUCCAUGGCAAUGAUCCUGCUUCUGUGGAGCGUCGUGAGGCCCUGGAGCGCUACACCUGCCUGGAGGCCUUCCGCAUGGCCACUAUGCCUGACCUGGCCGAGACCUGCGCCCAGCUCCUGUGCAGCAUCUCUGCCCUGAUGCACGAUGGGGCUCUGCCUUGCCAGUGUGACCCCCAGGGCUCCACUAGCAGCGUCUGCCACAAACUAGGAGGGCAGUGUCAGUGUAAGCCCAAUGUGAUCGGUCGGCGGUGUGACGAGUGUGUCCCAGGCACCUAUGGAUUUGGACCGUAUGGCUGCAUUCCCUGUGCCUGUUCCCAUGAAGGCUCUGCCUCCAAAAUCUGUGAACCAACCAGUGGACAGUGCCGGUGCCAACAUGGGACCGUGGGACGGCAGUGUGAUCAGUGCCCACCAGGCCACUGGGGAUUCCCAAGCUGCCGCCCUUGCCAUUGCAAUGGGCACUCCGAGGAAUGUGACUUGCAUACAGGAGCCUGCCACGACUGCCGGGAUUACACCGCUGGCCGCCACUGUGAGAGGUGCCUGGAUGGCUACUACGGAGAUCCAAUCUUGGGCUCAGGACAACAAUGCCGGCCAUGUCCUUGUCCUGGAUAUCCCGGGUCUCGUCACUAUCAUGGCAUCUCUUGUGACACAGACAGGGAGACCAACCAGAUCAGUUGCCUGUGUGCUCCAGGCUAUACAGGGCUUCGUUGUGACCGUUGCUCACCUGGCUAUUUUGGAGCCCCUGAGCAGGAAGGUGGAGCUUGCCGCCCCUGUCAGUGCAACAACAACAUUGACACCAGUGACCCUGAGGCCUGUGAUCCACACACUGGGCAGUGUCUGCGCUGCCUCUACUACACCAGCGGACCCCAUUGUGCCGAAUGCCAACCUGGAUACUAUGGCAGUGCCUUUCAGCGUAGCUGUCGACGGUGUACCUGUAAUGAACAAGGCACCCUGCCUAUGCACUGCUCCAAAGGCAUCUGCCACUGUGACCGAACUACAGGCAACUGCCCUUGCCGUGCCAAUGUGGUGGACAAGAACUGUGACAGAUGUGCCCAAAACUUCUGGGGCUUUGGCAGCGACUUGGGAUGUCAGCCCUGUGACUGUGAUCCUGCUCAUUCGUUACGUUCAGACUGCAACAUGUUCACAGGGCAGUGCCACUGCCAGCCAGGGUUUGGAGGACGUGUUUGCUCCCAGUGCCAAGAGGAUCAUUGGGGAGACCCCGAACAGGAAUGUCUGCCCUGUGAAUGUGAUCCAGCUGGAUCUGAGAGUCCGCAGUGUGACCGCCUCAGUGGACACUGUCUGUGCCGAGAAGGAUUCACAGGACGGCGGUGUCACCAGUGCCAGCGGGGCUUCCAUAAGAACUUUCCACGUUGUUCCCCUUGCCACCCAUGUUUUGGGCAAUGGGAUAAAGUGCUGGGGCAACUCUGGGAACAGGUGCAGAGGCUACAGGAUGCUGUCAAAGCCCUGAAAGAAGGUGGCCCCAUACCUGAAGCCAGCAGCAACCGUAUGCGCAACCUUGAGAACAGUCUUGAUCAUGUGGAGCAGCUUCUUGGGGACGGGAGUAGUCCAAAUGCUCCUCUCCUUCAUGAAAUCAGCACCGUUCUGGCAGAUAUCAGGGCAGAUAUGGAUGAGCUCUGGCAACAGUUGCAGACUACAGAUUCACACCUGGAUGAAACUGAUCGGACAGACACAGGACAGAGGAGCCAUCUCAAUAAACUGAACAGAGAGCUAAGGGAGCUUAACCACACUGUCAACCACUUGAGGAAGAUGUCAAAUGGCAGCUUCAAUGAAUCUUUCCAUAGCAUCCUGGAGUCCUUCCAGCAGUCAGAACUGGCCCAGCAGCGAGCAAAUGCCUCUGUUCAAGGACCACAAAGUCCGGUGGGUCAAGCCAAACAUACGCGUCGCGUCACCGUUGAACUCUUGAGACGCCGAGGAGAUGCUUUCCGCCAGAGUGCGGCUGUUCACCGAAAGUCACUGCAGAACAUUCAGGAACAAAUUGAUAGUCUUGGACUGAGCACGAUCAAUGAGAAAAUCUGCGGUGCUUCCGGAGAGGAGGAGUGUGAACCCUGCGGAGGAGCCUCCUGCCGAGACAGCUUAGGCCAGCGACAUUGCGGAGGCCCUGGCUGUACUGGAGCUCUCCCUGUGUCUGCAAAGGCACUGGACACGGCCCAGAACAUCUCUCUUCAGCUAGAGACCACAUUGAAGCAGCUGGGCACCAUUUCUAGCAAGGUGCAAGAAAUCCAAGAGUUGGCACAGGAUGCCAGGAAUCAUGCCCAGGAGACACUGGGACAAGCUCAGGGAGCUCGGAGCCGUGUGGAGAAGUCAACAGCUAAGCUGAGGGAAUUCAUCCAAAAAAUAAAGGACUUUCUAGCAGAGGAAGGGGCUGACCCUGAGAGCAUUGAGCUUGUGGCCCAGCAAGUGCUGAACAUCUCCUUGCCUGGCAGUCCAGGUCAAAUCAGCAGCCUGAUUAAAGAAAUCCAUGACAGAAUUGGAGAGCUGGAUGGUGUGGACAUCAUCCUGAACAAUACAGUACACAACCUGACCCGUGCCAGGGAACUACUGGCAGAAGCAGAAGAGGCCAAAGAGCGAGCAGAGGGUGUAGAGGCAAUAAUCGCAGAAACCCGUGCAGAACUAAGCGGUGUGAGGGAACAAGUGAGUGCAGCAGAGCGAGCUAUGAAGAGUGCCAAGGAGGCCAUUCGCAGUGUGGAGGGCCGAAUCAGGCAGGCUGAGCGCCAGCUCCAAACGCUGGUCAGCAAGGAGUCACAGGUGGAAAGUCGCCUUGGAGACCUGGCACAGGAUGUGGCCGAUUUACAAAAGAAGUCCCAGGCUAAUCAGCAGCUGGCACAGGAGGCCAAGGGGAAAGCAGAGCGUGCCACGGCUGCUGCAGGGAGGCUAGAAAAUGAUGUGGAAAAAGUGAUGCAGGGAUACCAGAAGCUGCAAGACAAAUUGGGCGAACUGCCCCAGGAUGUACUCUUCAAACUGAAAAACCUGAGGGACGAAGCCCAGAAUCUCCUAAACAAGGCCAAUGACAGCAAGCGAAAGUUGGAAGAGCUGGAAGAGCGCUUUCAGACGAAUGAGAAAGAAAUGAAGGACAAAGCAAACACUCUGCAGUCGCUGGAGAAACAAGUGACAGACCUGCUGGAGUUCAUCCGUAACAAAGCCACUGCCUAUGCUACCUGUUAGGGGCGAGGGUUUUGCCACCAGCCUCUUGGGCCUGAUUCCUGCCAGCUCUGGACUCUGCCAUGGUAGGGCCCGUCCAUACGAAUCACUGGAUGGCUCCUGUCUUGCGGGGCUUUGGCUGUAGAUCCAGGGCCUUUAACGUAACCAGCAUUACAUUUUCCUUUGAUUGUACCAUGCCACUGUGAGCACACCCAGUCUUGUGUGAUUUCCGAAGCUGAUCAGGGUUGGUCUUGGCAUUUGAAUGGGAUGGCAACAGAAAAUACUAUGCCAGGGAUCUCUGUGGUUAGGAAAAGAAUCCUACCUGAAACCCUGGAAAGCCAUUUCUGCCAGUAGUGGCGAGUUGGACCAACAAUCUGGAUUCAGUUUAAGGCAGCUUCCUAUGUUCUUGCGUACCAGUUAGGCCACUAGGCACCAGGAAUAUGAGGGGUAGUAAUACAUGUCAGAAUCUCAGAGACACAGUUAUGUUGUACCUAGUCCAUGCUUUGUUCCAGGACUCUGGAAAAAUUAAAUAUGUCUAUCUCUGAGAGUAUCUAUUCAAACAAUCCAUCCAAGCAUCAUUCAUAGCAUAGUUCCCAUCUGCACAAGGUUUUCUUGCCUUUCCUAGGCUCAUUUGCGGUGACCAUGGAAACACCGCACUUCAUAGACCUACCCAGGGCACAAAAGGAUUGCAUGGAUACCAUGGAAACACUUUUCUGCCUGUUCACGUCCAGCACCAGGUUGCCUGUAUUUCCACUUGCCUCUUGUAUUUCCAAGUCUUUUUUUUUCUCUUGGAAAUAAAGGUGAUAAGUCCCAUUUUUUUCUCCUUCGAACCGAGGCUCUACAGCUGCACUUAUUGUUAGUAAAUUGAUGAAGGCACAUCACUUUCCCGUCCACCAUCCCUAUUCAACCGUCUCUUCUCCCUCCAACAGUCAGUGAGGCAAUAAUUUAGAGAAAAGCUGAGACAUCCAGUUCUCUUCCAAUACUUUCAUUAAGAGGUCUUUCAUCUUCCUUUCUAGAUUUUGAGGUACUGUCUAUCAUGCCCCAUAUAUUUAUCACCCCAGCAAAUUGAAAAAGAAUACUGGCCAUGGGUUGCUGUGAAUUUUCCAGGCUGUAUGGCCAUGUUCCAGAAGCAUUCAAUUCUGAUGUUUCACCCACAUCUAUGGUAGGCAUCCUCAGAGGUUGUGAGGUCUGUUGGAAACUAAGCAAGUGAGGUUUAUGUACCUGUGGAAAAUCCAUGUUGGGAGAAGAACUCUUGUCUGUUUGAGGCAAGUAUGAAUGUUGUGAUUGAUCACCUUGAUUAGCAUUGAAUGGCUAUUGAAAUUCACAAGCAUGGAGACAAUUUCAACAGAAAGGAGGAAACCAUGAAAAUGAACAAAAUCUGGCUACCAGUAUUAAAAACAACUCUAAAAUCAGGACAGUAAAUAACAACAGUCUGAAAAUGGGGGAAUUCCAGACAUGAAACAAUCAGGGCCAGCUAACACCUCCCAACAAAGGAUUCCCUCAGGCAGGAAGCAGUCAGGCUUUGAACCUGCAAGGCCAUUAAAUGCUCAUCGAGGUGAUCAAUCGCAACAUUCACACUUGCUUCAAACAAACAAGAGUUCUUUCUCCUAACCUACACGUUCCACAGAUAUAUACACCCCACUUGCCUAGUUUCCAACAGACCUCACAACCUGCCAUAGAUGUGAAUGAAAUGUCAGGAGAGAAUGCUUCUGGAACAUGGCCAAACAACCCAGAAAACUCACAGCAACCCAGUGAUUCCAGCCAUGAAAGCCUUCGACAACACAAUACUGACCAUGAUCAGGGCAAGUAGAUUUUGUUUUGUUUUGAUGACACACAUUGAUGGAAGAUACAACUAUCUGUGGCUAUUAACCAUAGCAGGUUAGAACUGAAUCAUGUUCUACUCAACAACAGAUAAUGGUAUCAAAAUAAGGAAAGAAGCAAAGGCUAUCUUGAAAGGCUUUGCUGGAGAAUUUCCCAGAUGUAUAUUUUCUGGCCAAUGCCAGAAACACAAAACUAGGCUAUUUUGUAACAGGACAGUUGGAUAUGAAAAUGCAUUCUGCUGAUACAAAAAAUUCUUGCACUAUCUCUGAUGGCCAGAAUGUAAGAAUAAGUGAAACAACUUGCAACUUGUUCAUCUUUUAGUGAGGUCCUGAAAUUGGCUGUCUCCUCUUUAGAUCCAUCUGUGGAAUGCUCCAUUUCAGUCCCUGCCUUGUGUCCUCAUGCCUGCAUUGUGGAAAGACUGCAACAAAAAUGUGUGAUCCUUCAAAUCUUGCUGGUUUUUGGCAUCUCUGAUCUCUUGCCAGCAAAGCUGUAGCUCAGUAAGCUUCAGAGUGGCAUGCAGUCCGUAUAUUGGGAAUAUUCCUCUAUGUGGGCUUUGCCUUCCUCUUUAUCCCAGUGUGGCAGACUCCCAUUUUAUUCUCCUCCUCCUCUUACAAAUGGCAGCUUAAUUCCCUAGAAAUGAAUAUGAGCCGUCAAAUAUGAAGGCAAAUAUGGCUAUUUGCAAUGAGGUUUCCCCCUUCGCCCAUUGGCCCAGUAGCCUCAUGAUAGUUUUGCCACAUAUGAGGAGAUUUCCUCCUGAAAUGACAUCUCUCGGGGUAGAGCCUUUAGCAUCCUUUCCUGUGGUCCUUGACCUUUGUGAUCUUCUGGUGCCUAUUUACAUCUCUGUGCCUCUUGAAGAAAGGAGUAGUUAAGAUAGUGUUCUUAGGUAUUAAGAAGUUGUCAUGCCUCCAGACUUCUGAGAUAGCAGCAAGAACAAGAACAACAGCUUCACCUUUGAGCAGCACUCUUAUCUGAUUUGUGUUGGGACAGAAUUUAGACGUCCUUAUUUCUGUAUUGAGACCAUUCCUAGAGCUGUCCAGCCCGAGAGAGGCUCUAGUACCUUGAAUAAAUGUGUGGCAGAAAUAAAUCAACCGUAUGAGCAUUUUCUCUGUAGCGAUGUGAGAAUCACAUCAGAUGUCUCUCUGCUAUUACGUUAAUCAUUAAAUUAAGAGUAGAUACCAAAUGUUGUCUCUGAAUAAAGGUUUUUAAAAGAA